CAGUUGGAAGUUGCUGAUGUUUCUUGGAGAGUGUUCAGAGUCUCAGGUUGAUACUCUGCUCCCUCCCACAACUCUCUGACAUGUAUAUAAACCCUGAGCUCUCCAAAACUCAGUGCCAGUUCUCUUUCUUGACUAACUGAAGCGACAAGGCGACUAAAGAUGAUACUUCUUCUACCCAUAUUGUUCACACUCUUAUUGUCUACACUUGAGUUUGCAGACUCCACUGCUCAUUAUGACAAGAUUUUACUCCAUAGUCGUAUCAGGGGUCAGAAACAAGGCCCAAAUGUCUGUGCCCUUCAACAGAUCCUGGGCACUAAAAAGAAAUACUUCAGCACUUGCAGAAACUGGUAUCAAGGAGCCAUCUGUGGGAAGAAAACGACUGUGGUAUAUGAAUGUUGCCCUGGCUACAUGAAAAUGGAAGGCAUGGAAGGCUGCCCAGCAGUUUUGCCUAUUGACCAUGUUUAUGGCACCCUGGGCAUUGUGGGAGCUACUACAACUCAAGGAUAUUCUGAUGUGUCAAAACUGAGAGAAGAGAUUGAAGGAAAAGGAUCCUUUACUUUCUUUGCACCAAGUAAUGAAGCUUGGGACAACUUGGAUUCUGAUAUCCGUAGGGGUUUGGAGAGCAAUGUCAAUGUUGAAUUGUUGAAUGCUUUACAUAGCCAUAUGGUAAACAAAAGAAUGUUGACCAAGGAUUUGAAAAAUGGGAUGAUUGUUCCCUCUAUGUACAACAAUCUUGGGCUCUUUAUUAAUCAUUAUUCUAACGGAGUUGUUACAGUUAACUGUGCUCGAAUUAUCCAUGGCAACCAGAUUGCAACAAAUGGUGUUGUCCAUGUUAUUGACCGUGUCCUAACACAGAUUGGUACUUCCAUCCAAGAUUUCCUUGAGGCAGAAGAUGACCUUUCAUCUUUUCGAGCAGCUGCCAUCACAUCAGACCUACUGGAAGCACUUGGAAGGGAUGGUCACUUCACACUCUUUGCUCCCACUAAUGAAGCUUUUGAAAAGCUCCCAAGAGGUGUGCUGGAAAGGAUCAUGGGGGAUAAAGUAGCUUCUGAAGCUCUCCUGAAAUACCAUAUUUUAAACACUCUGCAAUGUUCUGAAGCCAUCAUGGGUGGUGCAGUGUUUGAGACCCUGGAAGGAAAUACAAUUGAAAUUGGCUGUGAUGGUGAAAGUCUGACAGUCAAUGGGGUCAAAAUGGUAAACCGCAAGGAUAUUGUCACAAAUAAUGGGGUCAUCCAUUUAAUUGACCAGGUGCUAAUUCCUGAUUCUGCCAAGCAAGUUAUUGAACUUGCUGGGAAACAGCAAACCACUUUCACAGAUCUCAUGGCCCAGCUAGGCUUGGCUUCUCGUCUAAAGCCUGAUGGAGAGUACACUUUGUUGGCUCCUACAAAUAAUGCUUUUACUGAUGAUACCCUGAGCAUGGAUCAGCACCUUCUUAAAUUAAUUCUUCAAAACCACAUUUUGGAAGUGAAAGUUGGCCUUAAUGAGCUUUACAAUGGACAGCAUUUGGAGACCCUGGGAGGCAAGAAGCUCAGAGUUUUUGUCUAUCGCACGGCCAUCUGCAUUGAAAAUGCAUGUAUGCUUCGAGGAAGUAAACAAGGAAGGAAUGGUGCAAUUCAUGUAUUCCAAGAGAUUAUCAAACCCGCUGAAAAAUCCCUGCAUGAAACAUUGAAACAGGAUAAGCGCUUUAGCAUUUUCCUCAACCUACUUGAAGCUGCAGAUUUGAAAGAUAUUCUGACACAACCAGGAGAAUGGACCUUGUUUGUGCCAACCAAUGAUGCUUUUAAGGGACUGACAAAUGAAGAAAAAGAAAUACUGAUCCGGGACAAAAAUGCUCUUCAGAACAUUAUCCUUUAUCACUUGACACCAGGAGUUUUCAUUGGAAAAGGAUUUGAACCUGGAGUCACAAACAUUCUUAAGACGACACAAGGAAGCAAAAUCUUCCUGAAAGGCGUAAAUAAUACACUUCUGGUGAAUGAAGUAAAAUCGAAAGAAUCUGAUGUCAUGACAACUAAUGGUGUCAUUCAUGUUGUAGACAAACUGCUCUACCCUGCAGACAUACCUGUUGGAAAUGAUCAGCUGCUGGAGAUCCUCAAUAAAUUGAUUAAAUACAUUCAAAUUAAGUUUGUCCGUGGCAGCACCUUCAAAGAAAUCCCUGUAACCGUUUAUACAACUAAAAUUAUUACAAAAGUUGUGGAACCCAAAAUUAAAGUGAUUGAAAGCAGUCUUCAGCCUAUUGUCAAAAGUGAAGGACCUUCAAUGACAAUUGAAGGUGAUUCUGAAUUCCAAGUGAUUAAGGAGGGUGAAACAAUAACUCAAGUGAUUCAUGGAGAGCCCAUUAUUAAAAAAUAUACCAAAAUUAUUGGUGGGAGACCAGUAGAAAUAACUGAAAAAGAGACAACAGAGGAAAGAAUUAUUAAAGGUCCUGAAAUAAAAUAUACCAGAAUUUCUUCUGGUAAUGUUGGAGAGACAGAAGAAACAUUAAAGAAGUUGCUCCAGGAAGAGGUCACCAAGGUCACCAAAUUCAUUGAAGGUGGUGAUGCUCAUUUGCUUGAAGAUGAAGAAAUCAAAAGGCUGCUUCAGGGAGCUGGAACUGAGUACACCAAGUUCACUAAAGUAAUUGAGAGUGAACCCCAGAUUAUCGAAACGGAAACCAAGAAAGUCCUCCAGGCAGACCGACCAAUCAGAAAAGUACCAGCCAACAAAAGGACACAAGGAACAAGAAGAAGGUCAAGAGAAGGCCGUCCUCAGUGAUACUCCAAAAACCGGACUUCAUACAACUCUAAAUCAACAGUUGAACUUUUGAGGAAAAAAUUGUGAAAGCCACUUUGAUUUUAGAACCCUUUACAAACUGAACCAUGAGCCCAUGCAGAAUAAGCAGGGAACAAUUCAGAAUGUAAAUUUUACUAUUUCUUGUAAAUGAGAAAUAUAAAUGAAAUUAGAUUGUUUUUUUAAAAAAAGAAUGAAUAGUUGUGUUUGUGGAAGGAUGUGGAUAGUGAGAGGGAAAUGAACUGUAUGUACUUUGCACAUGCAGUUUAGCAGAGUUCAUUGCAUCUUCAAACUUUGCAAAUUUUUGUCAGGUCUUAAUGCCAACAGCAUCCAGCAUAGUGGGUAAAUGCCAAUGCCACCAUCAUGUUCUUCUAUUUCCUGAAAAUUUGGAUGAUUAGGAUAUUUUGGCACUACAGGUGAAGUUUCUAAAAUUCAUUUGCAAAGUGAAUGUGUUGGUUAGCUCUUUAUUUCAGACACCAUACAACAUAAGUAUUUGCCAAAUGAAGCCAAUUCAAUUCAAUGUAAAUCUUAGAAUCUUGAAAUGUUAUCCCUUUAAAAAGCUUGAGUCAUAAAUCACAUGUAAGGGAGAUACAGAAUGCAUGAAAACAUUUUACCUCUGCAUGGGUAAUUAAAUUGCAAAAAAAAGGUGCUUGAUAUGGAAAUUUUUAUAUCAAAAAUGCUUUGCUCAUUUCUGAUACUAAUGUGGAUUUAUUUGUAAAUGAUGUCAUUUUUAUAGCUAGUUUUGUACUCAUGAAAUGUUUGUCAUUUGCUUCUUGCAAUAUAUAUGUAUAUUUUUAAUCUCGAAUGUUGCAAUAUAGCCAUGUGUCAAGUCCAAAUGAAGUUACUUCAAAAUGUUUUGAAGUUACAAGGAUUUAAUUUAAUAGGUGGUUUGGGGUUGGGAACAUGACUUUAUACCUCUAUUUGAAACAAAUAUUCAUUAAAGGAAAUUUACUAAA